AUGAAUCCAGUGCGCCAUGCUCCCCGUGUCAAGUGGUUACCGCCAGCAGAGGGUGGGUAUAAACCAAAUUUUGAUGCGGCUUUUUUUGAAAAUAGUGAGGUAGCUGGUAUUGGGGUGGUGGUUCGGGACAGCUCUGGUAACGUCAUGGGAGCGCUGAGUCAGAAAAUUCCAAAACCCCAGUCCGUGGAGCAUGCUGAAGCUCUUGCGGCUUGUGGAGCUGUGAUCCUGGUGAAAGAACUUUUGCUCUCCCAAGCGUGUUUUGAAGGUGACUGCCAACGGGUUAUUCAAGCUAUCAAUGCAUGUGGUCCCAGUCGUACUCUUUUUGGCCAUAUUAUUGAAGAGAUUCACUGUUUCAGCUCAGCUUUAGCAUGUUGUUCUUUUGUCCAUGUACGUAGAGAGGGUAAUAAACUGGCACAUGCCCUAGCUAGAAGAGCAGUUUUAUCUGCAGAUACUGAUGUAUGGGUAGAAGAGCUACCCAAUGAUUUGGAUGAUGUAUUCCGAUCUGAUUUAGCUCAAUAA